AUGGCAAAACUUCUAUUAAAAGACAGUGUUAAAAGAUUUACCGAACUUCAACUGUUGGUAGUGAAACUUGCCAGUGAAACUAGCUGUUGGCCAAAUUCUAAUUUUGCUAAUACCAAUCUAAAUCUAAAUUGGGCCAACUCUAAUUCUAAUUCAGAACAACUUAGUAAAUUGAUUGUUGAGAAGAAAUGG